AUGGCUUCCAUACGCAAGAAGUUGGUCAUCGUGGGCGAUGGUGCCUGUGGUAAGACGUGCCUGCUGAUCGUCUUCAGCAAGGACCAGUUCCCCGAGUUCUACGUGCCGACCGUCUUUGAAAACUAUGUAGCCGACAUUGAAGUCGACGGCAAACAGGUCGAGUUGGCACUCUGGGAUACUGCCGGUCAAGAGGACUAUGAUCGUCUUCGACCUCUGUCCUAUCCGGACACUGACGUCAUCCUGAUGUGCUUCAGCAUUGAUAGUCCGGACUCGCUUGAAAACAUCCCUGAAAAAUGGUCUCCAGAGGUUCGCCACUUUUGCCCCAAUGUGCCAGUGAUCUUGGUUGGAAAUAAGAAGGAUUUGCGAAAUGAUCCAUACACAAUAAAGUCAAAAAUCAAGACUGUCUCAACCGAAGAAGGCAAGGCAAUGGCUGAGAAGAUCAACGCUUUCGGCUACCUGGAGUGCAGUGCUAAAACCAAAGACGGCGUCAGAGAAGUGUUUGAGGUGGCCACUCGCGCAGCUUUGCAGUCGAAGAAGAAGCGCAGAAAGAAGUGCAUCAUCUUGUGA